AUGCUUCAAUCUCUGAAAUUUCUUGUUGCAGCGCGAACAUUGAGGUGCUUACAGACCUCAUGUAGUUCCACAGUUAGACGUAUUCACGUGACUACAGGCUUAAUGCAUGGGGAAUACGAAUGGCAAGAUCCGAAAUCUGAAGAUGAAGUGGUGAACAUAGUCUAUGUUGAUAAAGAUGGCAAAAAGACCAGUGUAAGAGGAAAAGUCGGUGACAAUGUGCUUUAUUUGGCUCACAGAUAUGGAAUUGAAAUGGAAGGAGCAUGUGAAGCAUCACUAGCUUGCACAACAUGUCAUGUUUAUGUGCAACAGGAGUAUUUUGACAAACUACCAUUGUCUGAAGAGAAAGAAGAUGACUUAUUGGACAUGGCACCAUUCCUCAAAGAAAACUCUAGAUUAGGUUGCCAGAUAGUAUUGACAAAAGAUUUAGAAGGAAUGGAACUUCGCUUACCGAAAGCAACUAGAAAUUUCUAUGUAGAUGGUCACAAACCUGCACCACAU